AUAAAAGUUAAGUUAAUGUUAAAAUUUAAAAAUAAAAAACUAUUAAUAUCAGAGUGCGCCUCAUUGCUGGUCGAGAGAAAACUAUUUGAAGAAACAAAGGAUGAGUUUGGUUUAGUUUUCUUUGGUACAGAAGGAACUAAAAAUCCACUCAGCUACGAAAACGUCGAGAUUUCUAAAAGAGGGUUUUGUCGAGCUGAUUGGGAUACUGUGAAAUAUCUUAGGGAGCAUAUAGUGGGUACAGAGGUUGAGGGGGAUUGGGUGGAUGGUCUGGUGGUGGCCCUCGACUUCUUGAGAAGGGAGAGUGAGGGGAAGAAGUACACAACCCUCAAGAUUGUUUUAUUCAGUGAUCUUGGCUGUCCUGCAAACGCUGAUCAGAUGGAUGAUAUUAUCAACGGGAUUAAACUCCUCGACAAUGUAGAUCUUACCCAUAUUGGUCCGGAGUGGAAAGAUGAGGACGAGGAAGAUGAACCUAAUGGAAUGAAUGGGAACAAUGAUGAACCUAAACCUGGAACUUCGAGGGGGGAAGCAGAGAAACCCCGCUAUACGGCUAAACCUCGAACCAAAACUCAGGAGAUAAAUGAAAAUGUUAUAAACCAAAUAAUUCAUCAAACUGAGGGAACAGCCUGCUCUUUAGGUAAUAUGCAGUGAUUGAGAUUAAUGAAC